GGGAGGGGGCGGCCGGGCUCCCUCCUCACCUCCAGCGGGACGCGCCUGUGGGAGCGGGCGGCCCCUUUAUUUUGCAUAAGGACUCUGGUUUGUUGAGGACCACACAUGCCAAGGUGGGAGAGGAGACCGACAACUCGAGCUGUGAUUUUUAGUUAAGUCAUAUGUAAGGUUCCUUGUAUUCCUGUAUCGGUUUUAUUGUCCCGUGCACUGCAUUUGUCUCAACUAGUCAAAGUGUGUGCCUUCCAGCCUGGGUGGCAAACAACCCAUCUACAGCAUUGGACCACCAAUCAAUCACUAUGAAGGCCUUGUAUUGUCAGCAGAAUUCACCUGGAGAGGAAAUGACAUUUGUUUUCCAGGAAAGAGAAAACCUUCCUCCUACAAGAGACAACGAUGUGAAAGUACAAGUUAGAGCCUGUGCACUGAGCUGGAUAGAUACAAAGCUUCUGUCAGAAGUUAAACUGGAGAAGGAGCUUCUCCCUGUUGGUCGAGAAAUUUCUGGAGUUGUAUUGGAAGUUGGAAGAAAGGUGACCUUUUUUCAGCCAGAUGAUGAAGUGGUGGGAAUUUUGCCCCUGGAUUCCGAAGAGUCUGGUCUUUGUGAAGUUAUUCUGGUUCAUGAGCAUUAUUUGGUUCGUAAACCAGAAAAAGUUUGUUGGGUUGAAGCGGCUGGGACUGUUCGUGAUGGUGUCCGAGCAUAUACAGCUUUACACUACCUUUCCCAAGUCUCUCCUGGAAAAACUGUCCUUGUAAUGGAUGGAGCAAGUCCAUUUGGUACAAUAGCUAUUCAGUUAGCACAACAUAGGGGAGCUAAAGUAGUCUCUACUGCAUACAGUCUUGAAGAUAAGCAGUACCUGGAGAGACUUAGACCUCCUGUGGAAGGUAUACGGCAGCCUUUAGUGGCUCGAGUGAUAGAUGUGUCAAAUGGAAAGAUAGAUGUGGCAGAAAGCUGCUUGGAAGAAACGGGUGGCCUGGGAGUGGACAUUGUUCUAGAUGCUGGAGUGAAAUUAUAUAGUGCUGAAGAUGAAUCAACUUCAAAAUCACAGCUGCUGCCUCAUAAGCAUGAUAUCAUUACUCUUCUUGGUGUUGGGGGUCACUGGAUAACAACAGAAAAAAAUCUUCAGCUGGAUCCUCCAGACAGCCAUACCUUGUUUCUUAAAGGAGCCACAGUCUCCUUUCUGAACGAUGAGAUAUGGAACUUGUCCAAUCUACAGCAAGGGAAGUAUCUCUCCAUCUUAGAAGAUAUAAUGGAGAAAUUAUCAAGUAGCAUUUUCAGGCCUCAGCUGGAUGAACCAAUCCCAUUGUAUGAAGCCAAAGUUUCUAUGGAAAUAGUUCAGAAGAAUCAAGCAAGAAAAAGACAAGUCAUCCAGUUCUGACACACAAUUUCCUGAUUUCUAAGCCUGUGGAAGAUAAAGAAACAUAAUGUAUUUGAGAAGUAAAUUAGUGUACACUUUCAAAUAAUUCUGUAACCACAAGCUGAAGAUCUUUUGUACCUCAGCACAAAUGGUCUGUGAAGCUCCUAUGACUUAAGGGUGGGGUUUUUAUCCACUUGAGCAGAAUGUUCCCAUCAGCAAAUUCUAAAGAGGCAGUCUUGACAUACAAAUCUUGUCUGCCCUGCCCCAAUUACAAAUGUCAGUAACAUCUACAGGCAACCUCAGUUGCUGUUGUUUUUCAACCAUAAGAAAUUAAAGGG